AUGUCCGAAGGUCCGAGCGGGGGGCUGGAUCCGAAUGCAGGAGGGGUACCGGUGUGGUACCUGCCGAAGUUUCGAUGUGGGACUUGUGGGAGUGUCUUCGGAGGUCGACACGUUGUUCUGACAGGGACCGAUGGUGGGCAAUCUAACAUCCUAAUCGGCAGAGCGUGCCGAGAGAACAUUCGGUAUGGCCCAUUUGAGCUGGUCUCUGGCUUGAGGGCGUUCCACGUGUCACGGCGUGAGUGGGUGGUCAAAUAUGGUACAAACAGGGCUAGACGUUUUAUGCCUCAUGAGACAAGGCGUAAGCUUCAAAGCGUUGAAGCAUAA